AUGUUGGCCUCUGGCCUGGUUCUACUGGCCGUCAUCCUGGAGCUCUCUUUCGACGACGACGGCGCCGGCGCCGGCGACAAUACCACCGAGUUGGUAAUCCACGACCGCCUCCAGACCAUCUCAGAGGCCUAUACGUCGCUUUUCCCACUCGUCAGACCUAUUUCCGACGUAGACACGCCCUUUUCCCAGGUCAUAGAAGACCGUUGGAUGGCUAGUCGGAUAACGCAGUCGGCCGGAUAA